ACGCGCGCGCACCCUCGAGCACGGAACUCCGGCCGGUGUAAUAACGAUUCGUUUCUUCUUCUUCUUUCUUCUUGUUCACCUCGCCUUCUAAUUCAAGCUCACUCUCGCACAGUCCUCGUUCAUUCCAUCUCAGCCGUCGUUGCAAUUCGACGGUUCGUCCUCGCGCCGUCCGAGGCUCGUUCGGCUUUAGAUCCUCCGCCCGCGAGGGUCCCUUCCAUUUUCGAUUUUUGGCGCGCCAAUGUGAAGAAUCGUCUCUGCCUCAAGGUGAAUCUCGCUCUCGUGAUCACAUGUUGAGGAGAUGAGUCAAUCAAGUUUGAGAAAGCCACGUCCGCAGACCUUUGGGCUUGUGUAGCUUGAGUGUCAGUUGUUGCUUCUGAGAGAUGCUGGUACAUUGGCGUUUUUCCUAGUGAGAGAUAAAGGGUGUGCCAGGCAAAAUGAUCAGCAAGCCGCUUUUGAUGACGUAUCUGUACCUACUAAUAUACAUUGUCCUUUCAUCUGGAGUGAUAUUGUAUAACAAGUGGGUACUUUCUCCAAAAUACUUCAAUUUUCCAUUUCCCAUUACACUUACCAUGAUUCAUAUGGGAUUUUCCGGAGCCGUGGCCUUCUUUCUUGUUCGUGUUUUGAAGGUUGUAUCACCUGUCAAAAUGACAUUUGAAAUAUAUGCAACUUGCGUAAUCCCAAUUAGUGCCUUCUUUGCUUCUAGUCUUUGGUUUGGUAACACUGCUUACUUGCAUAUCUCAGUGGCCUUCAUCCAGAUGCUAAAAGCCCUAAUGCCAGUGGCAACUUUCUGUAUGGCUGUUUUGUGUGGGACGGAUAAAUUGAGGUGCGACGUGUUCUUAAACAUGGUGCUCGUCAGCAUUGAGGUCGUCGUUUCCUCCUAUGGGGAAAUUCAUUUUAAUGUAAUUGGGACCGUCUACCAGGUUACGGGCAUCUUUGCUGAAGCACUUAGGCUGGUUUUAACACAAGUCCUCCUACAGAAGAAGGGCUUGACUCUAAAUCCAAUUACCAGCUUAUAUUACAUAGCUCCAUGCAGUUUCCUUUUCCUCUUUGUUCCUUGGUAUCUACUGGAGCAGCCAGAAAUGGAAGUCUCACAGAUUCAGUUCAACUUUUGGAUCUUUUUCUCCAAUGCUCUUUGUGCUCUAGCCUUGAACUUCUCCAUUUUCUUGGUUAUCGGUCGAACUGGUGCAGUUACUAUUCGGGUCGCAGGCGUCCUAAAAGAUUGGAUAUUGAUUGCGCUCUCAACUGUUGUGUUUCCAGAGUCUACUAUUACAGGGCUGAACAUAGUCGGCUAUGCAAUUGCUCUUUGCGGUGUUGUUAUGUACAAUUACAUUAAGGUGAAGGAUGUCCGUGCUUCCCAAGCACCUUCUGAUGGUAUUGCUGAAAGAAUGGCAAAGGACUGGAAACUGGAGAAGAAGUCGUCUGAUAUAUAUGUACCGAACAGUGACAAUGAUAAUGACAGAGGAAGCAUUGCCGGGAGUUUGUCAGGCUCCGACUCCAAAGUUGAUGAGGAAGCGCCUCUCAUUCCUCCAUCGAGGUUGUCGCACGUCGGGCGUACGCAGCUUGGUAGCCAUGCUGUAUGAUUCGCAACAGCUUAUACACAUUUGUCGGAGCAAGUUUCUAUCAAUCUUAGGGAAACUAGAAAACGGGGCGAAAAGCAAAUCCAAGUGCGACACAUUUGCAACCAAUGAGAAUCUAUUCAAUUCUUUUCUUUUUUGGCCGCGACUGCGGUAAUAGCUGAUCACAUAGGGCUUUGAGGGCAGAUGCGUUGUAGUUUGAUUCAUUCGAUGCACUAGCCAUCGGCCCCUAUAGUACUUUUAAGGUGGUAACUAAUUAGCCGUGUAGCUUCGCUUUAGCAA